GCGGCCAGACCCCUGCCCCGGGGGCGGCGGCGCGCCCCGCGCCCCCCAUGCACCAGCUCCUGGAGCAGUCCGCGGACAUGGCGACGGCGCUGCUGGCCGGAGAGAAACUGCGCGAGCUCAUCCUGCCCGGCGCGCAGGACGACAGGGCGGGCGCGCUGGCCGCGCUGCUGCUGCAGCUCAAGCUGGAGCUGCCCUUCGACCGCGUGGUCACCAUCGGCACCGUGCUCGUCCCCAUCCUGCUGGUCACCCUGGUCUUCACCAAGAACUUCGCAGAGGAGCCCAUUUACUGCUACACGCCGCACAACUUCACCCGCGACCAGGCGCUGUACGCCCGCGGCUACUGCUGGACGGAGCUGCGGGACGCGCUGCCCGGCGUGGACGCCAGCCUGUGGCCGUCGCUGUUUGAGCACAAGCUGCUGCCCUACUCGCUGCUGGCCUUCGCGGCCAUCAUGUACGUGCCCGCCCUGGGCUGGGAGUUCCUGGCGUCCACGCGCCUCACCUCCGAGCUCAACUUCCUGCUGCAGGAAAUCGACAACUGCUACCACCGGGCGGCCGAGGGCCGCGCGCCCAAGAUCGAGAAGCAGAUCCAGUCCAAGGGGCCCGGCAUCACGGAGCGCGAGCGGCGCGAGAUCAUCGAGAACGCCGAGAAGGAGAAGAGCCCCGAGCAGAACCUGUUCGAGAAGUACCUGGAGCGCCGCGGCCGCAGCAACUUCCUGGCCAAGCUCUACCUGGCGCGGCACCUGCUCAUCCUGCUGCUCAGCGUGGCGCCCAUCUCCUACCUGUGCACCUACUACGCCACCCAGAAGCAGAACGAGUUCACCUGCGCGCUGGGCGCGGCCCCGGGCGGCGGGGGCCCGGCGGUGCGCGUCAGCUGCAAGCUGCCCUCCGUGCAGCUGCAGCGCAUCGUGGCCGGGGUGGACAUCGUGCUGCUCUGCUCCAUGAACCUCAUCAUCCUCGUCAACCUCAUCCACCUCUUCAUCUUCCGCAAGAGCAACUUCAUCUUCGACAAGCUGCACAAGGUGGGCAUCAAGACGCGGCGGCAGUGGCGCCGCUCCCAGUUCUGCGACAUCAACAUCCUGGCCAUGUUCUGCAACGAGAACCGCGACCACAUCAAGUCGCUCAACCGCCUGGACUUCAUCACCAACGAGAGCGACCUCAUGUACGACAACGUGGUGCGGCAGCUGCUGGCCGCGCUCGCGCAGUCCAACCACGACGCCACGCCCACGGUGCGCGACGCGGGCGUGCAGACCGCGGACCCCAGCGCCGAGCCCGCCGAGCCCGCCGGCGCGGCCGAGCCGCCCGUGGUCAAGCGGCCGCGCAGGAAGAUGAAGUGGAUCCCCACCAGCAACGCGCUGCCGCAGCCCUUCAAGGAGCCGCUGGCCAUCAUGCGCGUGGAGAACAGCAAGGCCGAGAAGCCCAAGCCCGUGCGCCGCAAGACGGCCACGGACACGCUGAUCGCGCCGCUGCUGGACGCGGGCGCGCGCGCCGCGCACCACUACAAGGGCGGCGGCGGCGGCGGCGACGCGGGGCCGGCCCCGGACAAGAAGCACGCGCGCCACUUCUCCCUGGACGUGCACCCUUACAUCCUGGGCACCAAGAAGGCCAAGGCCGAGGCCAUGCCCGCCGCCCUGCCCACCUCCCGCAGCCAGGAGGGGGGCUUCCUGUCCCAGGCAGAGGAGUGCGGGCUGGGCCUGACCGCCGCACCUACCGCAGAUGCUCCGCUCCCAGAGGAGGAAGUCCUGUACCCAGCAGAGCCAGCCCGGGCCUCGCUCCCCUCCGGGGGCCCGUUUCACGUCUGCUCACCCCCCGCAGCCCCCGCUCCGGCCCCGCUGUCGCCAGCCAGCCUGGGCAAGGCUGACCCCCUGGCCAUCCUGAGCCGCAACGCCACCCACCCGCUGCUGCACAUCAGCACUCUGUACGAGGCCCGGGAAGAGGAGGACGGGCCCCCCCGGGCCCCCGCGGACGUGGGCAGCCUCAUCGCCAUCCCGCCCCCGCAGCAGAUCCUCAUCGCCACCUUCGACGAGCCGAGGACGGUAGUGAGUACCGUGGAGUUCUGAGGGGCAGGGCUGCCCGGCCGCCCCAGGCCCUCUGCAUGACGGUGGCGCGCCCGCCACUGACCCCAGCCCUGCGUGGAUGCGGCCUCCGCUUUGCCCGGCACUGCCCGCUGCCCACCCCCCCACCCCCCCGCCGCCUCCUGUCCGCUUGCCUCAGGGCUCAGCACCUCUCCCAUCCGGCCCCCAGGUGGCAUUGUCGGGGCGCUGGCUGAGCCAGGGGCUGGCCGUGACCCCGGGGGUGGGGGGCCCGGCCAGAAAGGCCCGGAGCCGCCCUCGCCCCCUGCACCAGGGGCUCGGCUGAGAUGAAGAAUUUAUUUUUUUAGUCGAUUUUGUCUUGGGCCUGGGCAGUGGCAGGACAACUCAGGAGGGAGCUGGCGGCGGCGGUGGGGGCACCUCCGGGGCUCAACCCUGCAGGGCCCGGCAGCCCCUGAUGGGAGGGGCUGGGGUCCGUGCUCCAGUCCAAGAGCAACGUGCACUUUCUCCGCGUACCCGACAAACCCGUACCUUAUUUUACUGUGGUGACUGUAAGCAGCGAGUCUGUUUAUUAUCAGGAGGCUUGGGACACACUUAAAACAAAGGAUGGUGUGUGUGUGAGUGUGCGAGUGUGUGUGCAAGAGGGCGAGGGCGCCAGCGUGCCAGUGGAUGUGUGCGUGAUCCUGGAAGCUUGCGAGCAUGGGCGCGAGCGGGCACAGGAGAGGCUGGGCGUGGGUGCCAGCGCGCCGGCGAGGGAAGGAAUCCAACGCAAUAACCAUGCCCCCUCCAGGCCUCCAGCCCCCUGGCUCGGCCGGCGUCCACCAGGCUUCCAUGGGGGCCCAGGGCCGGUGAUGGGCGGGGCUGUCCCUAUUACCUCAGCCACGGCGACGACGUGACAGUAUUACCAAGGUAGCACCGAGCAUAUCAAUAAAUAUUAUUCUGAUA